UCCCACAUUGUGGCAUGAACAAACAGCAUAGCAGGGGGGAGAGAGAGGGGCCUCCAGGGCCUUUAUAAGCCAUGGGGCACAAGAGGAGCUUGAUAGCAACCACUCCUGCCUGGACUGUACACACAGGACAUCUAUACUGGCUGAGACCCUCAGUUUUGAAAACUCUCUUCACUCUCUGUCUCAAUACUUCUGCAACUCCAAACCCUCUCUAUCUCACUCUCUACCAGUAAGGCAUUCGGGCAAGCUCCUUUUUUCUCUCUUCCUCUGUCAUUCUCUCUUUCUCUAUGUCAACCAGGAUUCUGUGGCUCCUGUCUCUCUGUCUGUGUAUGCCCUUGGCCCAGGGCCGUAUCUGGGCCUGGAUGCUCAACAUGCCCCACAGUCCCCCCAAGAAAGGAACCAUGGCUCUAAGGGACAGCACCCCUCCAGCCAACACCAAAGGAUCCACGGGUGUAUGUGAUCAUGACCGCGCCUGUGGUCGAAGCUUAUUCUGUGACCGUCACUUUGGGCUUUGUUUCCCUCUUCGUGGGGACGGGCAGUACUGCAGGAGGGACGCCCAGUGUGUCCGAGGACUCAGCUGCAUGUUCGGGAAGUGCCACCACCGCAUUCCUGAGGGACAAGAGGGUGCUAGGUGUAAAGUGGACAGGGACUGCGGCGAGUCUAUGUGCUGUGCCCGUUACCAUGGUGAGCAGUUGUGUAAGCGGCGUCUGAUGCGAGGCGUGGGCUGCUUCGUGCCCGAAGGCGGCCUAGCAUUCAGCAUCAACCAGAUCUGCCCAUGUGAUGAAGGCCUGCUGUGUCGUGGCGCUGUUGAGCCCAAAUGGAGAGAGGAGGAGUUUGUCUACCACCCGGACACUACAAGUUGGACCUGUCAAGCCCCUAAGCCUUGAUGAACGCUUUGAUCAAUGAAUCAGUUAUUUAUUAUGUCAUUAUCAUGUGUAUACCGAUAUGACUGUAUAUACUAUAAUGUAAAUAUCAACAAAUAGGCAAUAUAUUUUUUUUUUUACAUUUGUUGCCAGUUUGUAUUUUUUGACAAAUGCACUAUUUAGCUAGG